CAUAACUGACCGAGAGAAAGAUAGGAUUAGUUUAUCAAAGGUGGCUGUCAACUUUAUCAGGAGGAUUUCUCGUUUGACCAAAAACUUUAUUUGUGUGUUGAAUCGAUAUAGUAAAAUAAAUAAAAGGUGGCUGUCAACUUUCGUGGCGUGCAAACCAAGUUCUAAAUAGUGUAUCUUAGUGUACAAAGACUUCGUAAGUUCUUCUUAAUAUAAUAGAAAAGGAUUUAGUAAGUUUAUUAUUAUAUAUAUAUAUCAAGUCCUAGACAUGUAUUUUGAACUCAUAAUACUUUCUUCCACAUUGAUAUAAACCAUAUUACCGGAAACAGUCUUCCAUUUUCCUGCAAAACCUAACCUAACUUUGUCAUAGGCUUCAUCUGGUUCUGAAAUAUGGAGGUUGCAUAAAUUGGUAGAAAGAAAAUCAACCAAAGUGUUAGACAUCAACAGCAGCACGGUGAACUCAGAAAGAACCAACACCGAGACGCGAGGCUAAUAGACGAGAGUGAGAAAAUGGUAGAAGAGCUACAACAACAAAUGUUUUACAUUGGAAGAAAAAUUCCUGAAAAACAGCUUGUGAAUGAACUUAACCAGGCUUGAUACUGCUACAUGUAUAUAUGUUACUCUUCAAAAACCAGCUUAAUCUUGGUAGUGCCAAGUCGAAGGCAAGCUACAGAUUGGACUAUGGAUGGAGUUACGGAGAAAAAAUGAUAUAUAGGAAUUCCGAGUUGGAUCGAAAAAAGAUGGAGCUUGAAAAGCUAACUUUCACUCAUGGUGCAUAUCGUGACAAGAAGGCUGUUCUAUAUUUCUCUUCCGGAAGAGAAGCAGAAGUUAACAUUCAUAACCUAAAUUGCCGGAUGUUGCAUGAGGCACGUAGCAUCGGUGAGGAAAGACUUUUUCUCAAUAUGGCUAAUAAAAAGCAUAGUAACUCUGGUUCUUCUCUUAAAGAACUUGAUCAACAAAUUUGUUGGUUAGGCCACGAUCUUGUGAUGAAAUGGCGACUCAAUAGCACAAGCGAUCGAGAUGAAACAAGAAAAAAACUAAUGGAACUUGUACUGGAACGAGAACAAUUAUUUCGUGACGCUCCAGUAAAAGGUUUCCUAUGGAAUUCAUUACCGUCUACAACUAAUUUACGGAAACAGAUUCAGUCUUUGGAGAAAUGCAAAGAAAAAAGGAUAAAAUCAAUUUCAGAGAGAAGAAAGGAGAUAGAAUCUCACAAAAGAGAAUUAAGGAAGGCUGAGAAUGAGAUCAAGUCUUUGAGAAAAACUUUGGAGAGGAUUCGCCAGAAAAAGCAAAAAGCUUUGCAAACACUUUCACUUCUUAAGGAGUCCUUACAAGAACCACUGUGAAUAUCUAUGGAGUUUGCUCUUAAAACUUUUCUAUCAGCAUAUAGGCACUUGAUGUACAAAACUGUUUUUUUAAUGAAUAAAAUUUAACAGUCAAAAAGAGAAAAAAAGAAGAAGAGAUUGUCACUUCUUAGCAUAAUGUUUCUUGUUGUUCAAAAAAAAAAAGAGCAGUGUUUCUUUU